GAGCUCCAAGCUCCGGCCAUGGCGAUGGUGGAGAGAACUUCAAACCCUAGUUUUGUCAUUCUCUUAUUAUCUCUUACGCUUCGUCUAUCUUUUUCUUCUCAUACGCUUCCCCCUCUGCCCCUCCCCCCUCUCCCCUCGGCCUCCCAGCUCUCCUGGCAACUCGGCGAGCUCGCUCUCUUCCUUCACUUCGGCAUCAAUACCUUCACCGAUUCCGAGUGGGGAACCGGCGUCGCCGAUCCUUCCGUCUUCGCCCCUACCGCCCUUGACGCCCGCCAGUGGGCUCGCGUUGCCGCCGAAACCGGCUUCGUACGCGCCGUCUUCACUGCCAAGCACCAUGAUGGAUUCUGUCUCUGGCCCUCUGAGUAUACUAAUUACUCCGUCAAAUCCAGCCCUUGGCGCGGUGGCCGUGGUGACGUGGUCGCUGAGCUCGCCGACGCAACGAAGGAGUUUGGGAUCGAGUUAGGGAUUUAUCUCUCGCCCUGGGAUCGGCAUGAUUCGUGCUACGGUGAUACCGUAAAGUACAAUGAGUACUAUUUGGCGCAGAUGACUGAAUUGCUUACUCGCUACGGAGAAAUUAAGGAAGUUUUCUUAGAUGGUGCAAAGGGCAAAGGUGAGAAGGACAUGGACUACCUAUUCAAUUGCUGGUUUAGGGUUAUUCACCAGCUUCAGCCAGGGGCUGUGAUCUUCACUGAUGCUGGUCCAGACAUCAGGUGGAUUGGUGAUGAGGAUGGUUUUGCUGGCUCUACAUGUUGGUCCCUUCUCAACCGAAGUUCAGUUAAGAUAGGCGGGGAUAAUGAACCGUAUGCUACUGAAGGAGAUCAAUUUGGCCAGGACUGGCUACCUGCUGAAUGUGAUGUAUCUAUCCGAGACAGCUGGUUCUGGCAUAAAACAGAGCAUCCUAAAUCUGCAAUAUCUCUUCUCAAUAUAUACUACAAAUCAGUAGGCAGAAACUGUCUCUUGAUCUUAAAUGUUCCUCCUAAUUCUUUAGGUCUCUUCUCAAGUGAAGAUGUUCAAGUUCUUCAUGAAUUUGCUGAACUUCGGCGCACCAUAUUCUCCCAAAACUUAGCACAAGAUGCAAUUGUCACAGCAAGCAGUACACGUGGAGGUGAGGGGAAUUCUCAGUUUGCUCCUUCUAAUGUACUCAAAGAUGGCAUUUAUUCUUACUGGGCUCCUGAGGAUUACCAAGCUGACUGGAUAAUAUUUCUUGACCUUGGCCAACCUAUAACAUUUAAUGUCUUGCAAGUUCAAGAGCCUAUUCAAAUGGGACAGCGAGUCAUCGAAUUCCAUGUCGAUCUCCUUGAAGAUGGUGAAUGGAACACUAUAGUGAAUGCCACAACAAUUGGAUAUAAAAGAUUACUUCAAUUUCCAGCAGUGAAGGCUCAAUUUCUACGGCUUCUUGUCGAUAAAUCUCGUGCUGAUCCAUUGAUAUCCUACUUCGGUGCCUACUUAGACCCGUAUUCCAUUAUUAACGAGACUCAUGGUUCUAGCUGGCAAGCUUCCUUCAAUGACUACCAAGUUAUUUCACUGAAAAAAUACUACAGUUCUGUGAAUUCAAGCAUCGCUGUAAUCUAGAAUUGGAAUAUUAUCUGCUCUUGUUGGGGACUGUUGUGUGGUUCAAACAAGAAACGAUAAUAUGCUUGUGGCGUAAGUUUAAUAGGAUUGAUUUGAUUAUUUUACAAA